AUGCCCCCGGCAGCACCUGACGACCUCAUCCGCCAGCACAGCCGGUCUCUCGAAGACGAUAGUCCCUUCACCCCGGAACAGCCCAGGCCCAUUCCAGAGCAUGAACCAAGCGGGAAGAGCAAAAAGAAGAAAAGUAAAAAGGCUAAGGCAGCCAAGGCAGCAGCAGAGACCCCACCGGAUGAGUAUGUACCCGGUGAUUGCCUCUCUGAUGAACGCGCGCCAUUGACGCGUGAUUACAUGGACAGUACCCCGGCGUUCCCUCCGCCCCCGGCGGAGUCAUCCUUUCCAAGCCCCGAGCCCGAGCCCGAGCCCGAGCAAGCACCGGGGGAACUUGAACCAGAGCCAGAACCAGAGCUUCAAAUCGUACCUGAACCCAAGCCUGGAUCUCCGCCUCCCCCUGAGCCCCCUAUUGAACAUGUAAACCCCCCUAUCACGUCGCCUGCCCUGGGUGCUCUUGAUUCACUCGAUGAGCCCGCAGGUGACGACUUCACUACUCGCACCGAUACCUGGGCCCAAUCUGUGCCCUAUGGAAAGAGUCCUCCCACCGACCUUAUGGAUGGGGAGAUUCCCAAUGCGUCACCUCUGAACUUCCCCACUAUCCAAGAGCGUGGCUUCAUUCAUCCUUCCUCGGCAUCGCCUCAACCUCGGACUUUACCAUCUAGCUACGGGAAUGGCUAUGGCAAUGGUUACCGAAGCAACAUGCAUUCGAGGCAACAAUCUGUGGACAGAAGAAAGAGCCACUCCUACGGAAGCCCCAUGAGCAACCCGCAUCCUCUCCCUCAUCUUCCGCAGGCUCAUUUCUUCGGAGCCCCAGAAAUUGAUAUUCUUCCGAAUCAGAACCGAUCACUUACCGACGGCAAUUACACGUUCUGCAGCUUUGAUACGUUGCCCAACUUAUCACCCAAAGCAUCGCGAACAGGUGUGAAUGUAUUGCUGGUUGGUACCGAUGGCGGAAUAGAGAUUCUUGCUAUCGAGGACCGUCGAACUCGACUCGUUGGUCAAAUCACCGGGCUGAAUGGUCGUGUGAUUGAAGCGAAACUUCUGACUAGUCACUCUUCGAGUGAUCCUUUCGCGUCAUCUAGGCCCCACGUGGCUGUUGUAGUUCACGGCCCGCAACCUCCAGCUGAGGAAGAAGGCCGUGUGUCGUCCGCAACAUCGGACGCAAACGAGAUUGCCCCCUCCAUGAUCCGAGGUCCCUCCAACGAUAAACGUGGGAAGGACGAACCUAAGUUUUACCAGACUCGAGUCGAGGUUUACUCCUUCCGGACUGGCGAACAUGUUUCCACUUUAUUUACAAGUAAACCUGUGCCGUGUCUGGAUACCCUGCCAGGUCUUCCGUCCUUUGCGCCCCCAGCAGUGGGCAGUCUGAAACUUUACACCUCGGGGGCGUAUGUCGUUCUCGCUUCAGGUGUCAGCGGUGAAGUGUAUGUCUAUAGACAUGCUCUAUCGCCUCAGGAUGGAACUUACCAGUGCUUGGGUAAGACCUGGACUGGAGUGCAGUCGCAAGGAACUCGUCGCUACUCGACUUCUUCAAGCUCGACUACCGAUCCAGAGGGAACUCGCUCGGAUUCUCCGCACCGUGCUUCCAUUCUUGAGCGACCUAUCCUGGCCGUUCAAGGAAGAUGGCUGGCUUUUGCUCCCCCAUCCUCAUCCUCCCGGGGAUCGAUACAUGGAACUGUACCAUCAAGCUUGUAUCACGUCAAAGCCCCAGGCAUUGAAACCCGCAGUCCUCCUGCGGUGCCAUCAGUCUCGUGUGCUACUGAUGUUGGUGAGGGUGAAAGCUUCCUGGAUAAAAUGGCAAGAGGGGUUGCCCAAGAGCUUGUGAGGGGUGCCCGCUGGAUGGGCGACCAAGGUAUGCAGGCAUGGAACAACUACUGGAAUGCCCAACAGGCAGGAGGCACCUCAUCCCGCCGGCUACCUCCAGGCCCCGACCCCCAAGCCCAAGGAUAUGGGCUGUUUCCACCUACACAUGGCCAUGACACACAGGCCGCACCAUCUGAGCCUGACACUGUGUCUAUCAUCGACCUAAGACGGUUUGAAGACGGUAGCGAUAUCCGAAAUGCUUUUGCCCACCCCGUCUCAACUUUCCAGGUACCCAACGGUUGCAGCUUCUUAUCGUUGUCGCCAAAUGGUUUGAUGCUUUUCACAGCCAGCAAGAAGGGCGACGUUCAAUAUGUGUGGGAUCUGAUGCAACUCAAGCAUUGCCGAUCGACGGCUUUUAUGGCCGAUGACCAAACCGGUCAAAAUCCCAAUGUGCGACAGAUUGCUAGAUACGCACGCCUUACUACAUCCAGUAUCGUUGAUGUGAUCUGGACGGCGCCUACGGGUGACCGAUUGGCCGUCAUUACACGCAAAGGCACUGUUCACGUGUUCGAUUUACCUCGCAGUGCUUUCCAGUGGCCUCCGUUCCGACGCGGCAAGCCUACAGCAACUAAAGCGCCACCUACUGACUCUGUUUCAGAGGACUUAGCCAGUGAGCCGGCUGGCGGAAGCUCAUUGUCGGCAGCUAUGAAACUAGUAGGUGGCAAGGCACAACCUUUCUUCUCCGCCGUGCGGGGUCGUGUUCCGUCUACUGGGGCUGCUUUCCCCAAUAUGAGUGGAUUUGCGCUUCCAUCCGCCGCUAGCGUGAAGAGUGGAAAGGUCGUCGCCGCUGGCCUAAGUAAGUCCAUGGGUGCGGCUACAGGAACGGUCAAUACCUUGCGCCACGUUGGUGAGAACCGUCUGCAUCUAUCAGGCCUCGCUCGAGACCCGGCGUCCUCGCGAGUGACCUGGAUCUGCAGCAAAGGUUCGAUCUUCCUGGGCGUUGUAGAUGGCGGGUUUUUCAAGCUUUAUCGCCUGAAACGUGCUUCUGUCUCGGGCCAGAAAAGCCGCCAACCUCACUCUGUCGUGGGCGGCAAAGAAUCUCAGAUUAAGCUACCUGCCAACCUGCAAGGCCCGUGUGGCCCAGCACCUAUGGCUACCUUUGAUCCAGAUCUCGCAGUUCACGCCACUCUGGUUCUGCCUUCGGCCAGUUCUCAGCCCUCUACCUCCCGACCACUCUGCCAACCUCUCUCGCAGGCCGAGAUUGAAACCAACACUCCUUAUCAGCCUUUCCACACAGACCAAAGAGUAGGUCUGAGUGUGUUUUCUACCAGCAGUGAAGGAAGCGAGCCGAAUAGCCCAUGGGUUUUCGGCAAUGAUAUCCCCAUGACGAAAGUUCACCUGAGGUCUUUCAACAGUAGCAGCGAUGAUCACGGAGACGACGAAGACGAGAAUGCCGCUAUUCACGGUAACUCACUUGGCGCCGGUGGUGAGAUAGAAAACCUCAUCACUCUCGGCAAUAGCACGGGUAACGUCGAAGAAGUCGUGAUCACCACCCGCCGGAAGAAGAGACACUCAACUCCCCUCAAGGCCGACGAUGGCUUUUUCGAAGACGACUGCGAAGUUCUCGACUUUGCCCGCGACCGUGUUUGA